AUGGCUAGCCUCGAUCAUGAUAUUGGAUUAAGUAUAGGGAUGACCGGAGAAAGGAGUAAUGACGACGUUUUAAGUAUAAGAAGUCCAUGUCCACAAAACACUUCGUGUGUGCCGGUCAGUGAGUGUCCACUUUUGGAUGAUCUAAUGGAUUUUACGUGUUUUUCUUCAGAUAAAUAUUUUCACCGACUAAACCAGUUGAUCUGCGGCAAUGCAAAUGACGAAGACUACGUCUGUUGUCCAAUGUGUGACUGCGGGAAAGUAUACCCGGAUGGUGCUCCUCAAUGCGGACACAGCAUGGUGAAGGGAGUCGACUACAAUGGAUUAGGGAGCCAGCCUUGGAUCGCGAGAAUUGGCUUUACCCAUAAAGAGUCUGGAAACGUUCGCUUUGCAUGCAGUGGGUCUAUUAUAGGCAAGCGCGUGGUGUUGACGGCGGCGCACUGUGCUCUUGCCAAACCAGAGGGAUAUAAGCUGUCCACCGUCGUGAUCGGUGAAUGGGACAUCGGUCGCAGUCCCGAUUGCAAUGAUUACUUCUGCGCGCCUCCAACACAAGCCAUCAAAGUAGAAAACGUGAUCGUUCAUCCAGGAUACGAACAGAAGAUAUUCAGACAUGAUAUAGCGAUGAUUAUGCUCAAGGAUGAAAUUAAAUACUCUGUGACAGCCGCUCCGAUUUGUCUGAAUGAUAAGCCGGAAAUAGUGAUAAAUGAACGAGCAUCGCUUGUCGGAUGGGGGAAACUGUCGGGUCAGAGUAGCCUGGUGAGCCGACAACAGCAUCUGGAAGUGCCUCUCGUGCCGCUAGAGAACUGUGAGCGUAUCUUCGGAGAGUCAGUACCAGUAAACGAAGGCCAACUCUGCGCCGGGGGUGAAGAGGGGAAAGACGCCUGUUCAGGGUUUGGCGGUGCUCCUUUAUUGCUGUACCGGGAUGGCCGACAUGUACAGGUCGGUAUUGUAUCCUUUGGGUCAGAGAACUGCGGCAGUGAGGGCGUCCCCAGUGUCUACACCAACAUCGCUCACUACUACCGAUGGAUUGUCGACAACGCGCCUUUGUAACUUUAAUGCUCAACCUUCAAAUCAACUUUGAUUAUCCAGAACAGGAAAUUAUUCCAAGUUUGUUCAAGAAAGUUAAAAGUAGUCCAGUGUAACAGCAAAGAUCUGCACUUUGGCUUACUGCGUAGAUUUAAUAAGAAAAUUGUUCUAAUACCCAAUUACUGAAAGAUGCGAUGAAAAUUUCAAAUUAUUUGAACAUUUAAAACUACCUGUUGCUCACGGGUCUGCUGAAACCUGUCAAAUCAGAAAUGAUUGCACAAUAACAUCAAAUCGUGAUAAAAGACUAUUCUAUGUGUUAAUCAUGGUUAUAAACUAUCAGUGUACCAAGCUUCGUCUAAAAUCCAAAGAAAGAGGAACAAACCAUUCUAAAAACUUUCGCGUUUAUAAUUGAUUCAAUUGCAUAUUGAUAGACCUAUAUGAGUAGGCUUGCAGUGCUAAUUUUGUUCUCAUUUUCAGUCUUGUUAUGAGGGAUAAUCAGCCUUAACAUUGCUUUUACUUCUGAUUUUGCUCACACUAAAUACUUCUGUAAAACGGGGUGAAUAUAUUUUUAGGGUGACUAAACAGAGUUCUUCUUAAGAUUUGGACGUUUACGGGACAACACAUGAGGAUAAUAUGAAAAUUCUGAAGCAUUUCAUAAAUUAAUAAAUCAACUCCCUAAAAAACUCUAUUUUCUAUUCACUCCUUGAAACUUUAUUCACCCCGUUUUACGGUACGGAUCUUUUGAUCAUCACCUCUGAAAUCAUGUGAUACGUACAAAAUUAAAUAAAAUGACAAAAGUUCAUAUCGAAAUAUAAAUGUUGUCAUCUGAUAGAUCAAGUGUAUAAGACUAAGUUAAUUUAUAAUAAAGAUUAUUUUUAGAAAUAUUAUUUCAAUGUUGUGUUUUACUUUUAAAAGUUCAAUGUAAACCAUUUCCUGUUACCCAGUACCCUAUCCCUGCCUGUUAUAGAAAU